AUGGCUCAACCCCAGCCGGAGUUAGCAGCGGGAAACCCGAUUGUCAUCAACAGCAGUAUUCCGUUUCCAGAGUCACUCAAGCUGGACGGAAACUUGCGGGAAAACGUAGAGCUGUGGAAGGAUGCCUUCGAAACAUACAUAAUCGCGUCAGGAGUAGAAGGACUGUCGGAGCGUGUAAAAAUUGCCACAUUCAAAUCGGCGUUGGGACCCGAUGCAAGAAAGAUAUUUAAUUUAUGGCCGCUGGAUGAAGGGGAACGUAACACCGUAGCCGCAUGCCUGGAAUCUUUGUCCACACACCUGAUUCCACAGAAAAACGUCAAGUUGGCUCGAUAUGAAUUCAACCAGUGUCGCCAAGAGCCAGAGGACAGUAGUGGAAAUGCGGAAAAUAUGACUAGUUUCAUCAACCGAGCAAGAGCUUUGGUGAAAGACUGCCAAUACGGAAAUCUUGAAGAUGAGAUGCUUCGGGACAAGAUCAUCACCGGAAUUCGCGACAUGCAUUUGAAAAAGAAAAUGAUCGAAACAGACAACCUUACAUCGGCUAGAGUGAUCGAAAUGUGCCGAGCUGAGGAAGCAACGAGAGCUGAAAUGGAGCGAAACCAGUGGCUCGAAACAUUACAGCCACAAUCGCUAAACAAUAUUACAGGAGGAUAUAAGCUUAACAAACGUUGUUCAUUUUGCGGAAGGGCCUACCACAAAAAUUUGCAGGAAUGCCCUGCACGCGGCGCUAGCUGCAACUAUUGUGGGGUAAAAAAUCACUACGAAGCAGUAUGUAAGAAGAAAAAAGAGGAAAGCAAACAAUCUAACUUCACGGACACAUGCAAAAAGCGAAACAGGAAAAAAGUAAAUACUGUCGAAGAAACGGAGCAACUUAGCGAAUCGCUGGAGAGUGAGAGCGAUCAGGAAUCGGUUACAAUGUGCCAAUACCUGUAUAGUCUGAAGCAAAAGGACGAUACGUUGCUGAAAACAAAUUUAACCUUUUUGGAUGCGAAUAAAGGCGAACGCCUAGUGCAGUGCAUUCUCGACUCGGGAGCUACAUGUAACGUCAUAGGAGCGAGUAACGCAAAGAAAAUUAUCGGUGACAAGCGGCUCCGUUUGGACAAUCAACAUGCGAUCCUAAAAGUGUUCGGCGGUGGAAGAAUUCGUUCUCUGGGUAGAACAACAAUAGACUGCGUCCAUAACGGAGUACACUAUAAGGCAAUUUUCCACGUCGUUGACUUCGAGCAAAUGCCUUUGCUAUCAAUGAAGACAUGUUUACAACUCAAGCUGAUCCAACUUUGUUUUUCCGUGAUAGACGAUCAAAGAUUAGCAGCAAAACAAAUUUUGAACAAAUUUUCGGGAGUCUUUGUCGGUCUUGGAAAAUUGGAAGGACGUUUACAUUUGGAUGUAGAUAAAACAAUUCAACCCGUUGUACAGCAGCCACGUCGUAUCGCGGUGACUCUGAGGGAAGAACUACGCCAGGAAUUGGAAAGGCUAGAAAAAUUAGGAGUAAUCGCCGAAGAAAAACGUCACACUGACUGGGUAAGUAACCUAGUACUGGUUAAACGAAGUAACAAGCUACGUGUAUACAUCGACCCCGUCAUGCUCAACAAAGCUUUGGAGAGACCACACUUUCAGAUGCCUACUCUAGACGAACUAUUACCUGAGUUAGCAAACGCCAAGGUCUUUACAACAGUCGACGCGAAGUCAGGCUUUUGGCAGAUUGAACUGGAUGAAGAAAGCUCAAAAUUAACCACAUGUUGGACGCCCUUUGGACGUUACCGAUGGUUACGGAUGCCGAUGGGUAUAGCUCCAGCACCUGAGGUAUUCCAGCUCAGGGCUAACGAAAUCAUUCAUGGCCUCCGAAACGUUAAUGCGUUAAUGGAUGAUUUCAUGAUUUUUGGUUGCGGAGAAACUAUGACCGAAGCCAUGAUUGAUCAUAAUAGAAACUUGGAGGCUUUUCUUGAAAGAAUGAGCGAGAGAAAUAUGAGAUUAAACCCGGAUAAGAUUAAACUCUGCCAGGAAACCGUAAAAUAUUUUGGACAUAUUCUCACGUCAAGCGGGGUGAAACCAGAUCCGGACAAAACAAACAGCAUUCUGAAUAUACCUCAACCGAAAGAUGUCGCAGCAAUCCAACGCUUCCUGGGUAUGGUCACCUACCUGGCACACUACCUACCAAGUCUUUCUACCGUCGCAGAACCCCUACGUCGCCUAACAAUCAAAGAUCAGCCCUGGAUUUGGUCCCGUGAGCAGAAUGUAGCUUUUGAACGACUUAAGCAAAUGGUUUCAACGGCGCCAGUAUUACGAUACUUCGAUGUUACAAAAAAUACAAUUAUCCAAUGUGACAGUAGCAGCGUAGGAUUAGGAGCUGUUCUCCUCCAAGAUGGACAUCCAGUCGUUUACGCGUCUAAGACCCGACGGCCACUGAACGUCGUUAUGCACAAAUCGAGAAGGAAACACUAG